CCAGAGAAGGAGAAGCAGGACAUCGGUUUUAUUCUGGACCACAUUCUUUUAUACACUCACUGUGGUUUCCACCCAAAGUGACCACCAGAGCCCAAAAAAGACCCAAGGAAUGCCCUGCAAGUGGCACCACUCCUCUGCACCAACACACAUCCACUCACACACACACACACAUUCAGACACAUUUGAUUAUGAAGUCAUUUCACUCUGAUGAUAAAGAUUAAGAUAAUUGCCACAAGAAAGAAUUGGUUCUCCCAUAAUGAAGGGGUUCAAAGAAGACUACAUAAAUAUGUUGAAGAAUGCACUGUAUUUAGGCAUCUCGUAAUUUCCCUCUAAGUUAAACUAUAAUGAUUUAACUGGAAAGAACCCAUUCCUUUUUGACAGAAUGAUCUAUGUGUAUCAUGUCCAAAGAAGUUUAAUGUUCCCCCCCAUUUUACCAUGAAAACAUUUCCCUGGUCCCAUAACCUUCCUCCAUACUGUGACUGCCUGCUCUACAGAAGGUUGUGUGUGGUUUCAGCGGCUUACAAUUUUUUCUUUUCAGGUUGGUGUGCCCUACCUGUAGCCAACAGUUUAGUGAAGUGCUCAUUAUACAUAAAACACUGUCUCUCUGUCUGUAAAACACUCUUGCACACACCUUGCCAUGGUCCAUUACUGUGCAUAUGUAACUAGAACAUCAGAGCUUUCAUCAAAGUUUUCAGUUUUCAUCAGAAAAAGCUAACUUCUUUUUAAGUAGUUGUGUAGAAAUCGAUCUGCCUAUUCCACAAUUCAAAUGGCUGUCUGAAUUGUUAAAAAUAAAACUGGAACAAAAUUUUUAAAUCAAUAGAAGUAUAUCUGAAAAAUGAAACAAAUCAAACCUAACACAACGUUUACAUAUACAAAACAAGAAGUAAAUGAAACCAAAUGAAAAACUCCCACCACUAUAAUGACCCUCCUCUUUCUCCCAGCUCCUGCUCUCAGACUCCCUCCCUUCUCCUUGCCUCCUCUCUUCCCUCUAACUCUUUCUCUGGAUAGAUCUCUCUGGGACUAGGAGGACGCCAGGAUGGGGUUGAGUGUGUGUGUGUGGAGCAUUUGUUAUCUUCUAACCCUGACUGUGAGAUGGACCCAGGCACAAGGUCAGACCAACUUCACCAGGCCUAUCUUCCUCUGUGGGGGCCACUUGGUGACAGACUCAGGCUUUGUGGGCAGCGAGGGUUUCCCCAGCCAGUACAAACCCAACAGCAAGUGUACCUGGUACAUAACUGUCCCCGAAGGCCACGUGGUCAUGCUCUCCUUCCGCCUCUUCGACCUGGAGGCCGACCCCACGUGUCGCUACGACUACCUGGACGUCUACAACGGCCACUCCCACACGGUGCAGAAGCUGGGCCGCUUCUGCGGAACGUUCCGGCCGGGGGCGCUCCUCUCCACCUCCAACACCAUGAUGCUGGAGAUGGUGUCUGACGCCAGCUCCGGGGGCAGGGGCUUUGUGGCUUAUUUCAGCGGGGGGAAGCCUCAUGUGGACGAGGACCAGUUCUGUGGGGGGAGACUGACAAAGUCGCAGGGAUCCGUCAAGACUCCAAACUGGCCCAACUCGGAUUACCCAGCAGGCAUCAGCUGCUCCUGGCACAUCUCCGUGGAGCCCAGCAACGUGAUCGAGGUCAAAUUUCAGAAGCUUGACAUAGAGGCCGACACUUACUGUCGCUAUGACUACGUGGCCUUCUUCAACGGGGGGGAGAGGGACGACUCCCGACGCAUUGGGAAGUACUGUGGAGACCGGGUCCCAGGAACCAUUGUGACCAAUGGGAACGAGCUCCUGGUCCAGUUUGUCUCUGACCUCAGUGUUACCUCAGAUGGGUUCAUGGCCCACUAUUCCAGCGUUCCCCGGGGGUCCCGGACCCCCACGGCCGGGGGGGACACCCUCCACGGGCCUCAAUCCGGCUCCCAUAUCCAGAAACCCGUCUCCAAGCCCACCAAACCAACCCCCAAACCCAAAACAGGCCUCCGGGUGAAACCUACCCCAAAACUGGCCACCAGGCCAGGGGUGAGAACACCAGUAAAGCCCCCUCUUCGUAAACCUACAGCCAGACCUGGUGUUAGGCCUACCCCUAAGCCCAAACCAGUUAAACCCGGAGUAAAGCCAACAACUAAACCUGGUGCCAGGUCUAACCCAACCUCUAAGCCUAGCACCAAGACCAAACCCACGCCUAAACCUGGAGUGAAGGCUAAAGCCAAGCCCACGGCCAAACCUGGGGUCAAGACAGGGAAGCCACCUCUAAAGCCUGGAGUUAAACCUGGUGUCAAGCCUACACCCAGAACAGGGAUGAAACCUACUCCUAAACCAAAGACCAAACCUAAAGUGACAGCCAAACCUGGGAAGAACAAGACGGUUACCAAGAAACCUGUUGCCAAGAAACCAGUUGCCAAACCCCUACCAGUAAACCCGCUGUGUACACAGGCCUGUAAGCGGACUGGCACUUUACAGUCCAACUUCUGCCCAAACGAUUUUGUGAUCACAGGUAAGGUGACAUCCCUUCUCCCUGGUGCGAGGGGCAGCGUGACAGUGGAAGUGGCCCUCAUCAAGGCUUACAAGACUGGUCGCUUGCCUGUCACCCAAUCAGGACCGCUUUCGUCGGUUACGGUGACCUCCACCUGCAAGAAAUGCCCCGGUCUACGCAAGGGAGCCAAUUACGUGUUGAUGGGUCAGGUGGAUGCGGAGGGGCGUGGCCUUCUUAACCCCUCCAGCUUUUCCCUUCUGUACAAGGCGGUCCAUGCCAAAACACUGGCUAGUCUCACGCGCAAACCUUGCUGACCUCACAGUCAAGUCCAGCAGCCACUGCGGGAGGUGAUCUGACACCUCAUACUCCUCCUACCAAGCAGUAACACCAUCAAGAACAGCAGCAAGAAAAAAAAAAUUGUGAGUCUAAAUUGGCCGAACUUAUAAAAGGGACAGGUUGAUAACAUAACCUCAUGUAAAAAAAAAAGAAGAAAACAUGAAUUUGUUCUUGUAUUUUCUAUUUUCCCUUUUUUACACUCAGAUAUGGAAAUUUGGAUGUGUAUAUAAAUGAUAUUUCUGUGAUUAAAGGAUGUAUAACU